AUGAAUAAUCAUAUAACUCCUGAUUAUUUAGAUCAUAUAGAUAGAGUUUAAAAGUAGAGAUCAAAAUCAUUAAAAUAUAAUGAUGAAAGUUUCUAAAGUAGAAAUAGUUCGUAUAAUGUAAAUAGAAAGUUACCUGAUCUGAAUUCUACAAAGAUUUAUUCUGCUGCUUAAAUGAAUUAAAUAAUCAAUCAUGCUAAUAUAUGUGGAUUAUUAUAUAAGAAACCAUAAGUAUAAUAAAUAAUAAUAAUAGCAUUAAAAAUUCAUAGAAUAGAACCGAAAAUAUUUGGAAGAUGUUCGUAAUUUAUAAAAAAGUUGGCAUAAUUUUAAGAUUCGUUAAGAAGAAUAGAAUUAAGAAUUCAAUAGAAUUCCAAUGGAAUAACAUUAUUAAUUUAAAUUAUAUAAUAAAAGAAGAGAGAUGAAUAUUUAAAGAUUAAUAUAAGAAUAGAAAACUUUAUAUUAAAGUAAUAAAACAUAAACAAUAGAGGCAACAUAAUCAAAUAAUUAAGAUUGA